AAUUUAAAAUUACAAUCUUAUAAAUAAGCUUAAUUAAAUUUCGUGUGAAGUAAUAAAAAGCAGCGUCUACAGUUCCUUGCAUAAUUUAUUUUGAAGACAAUUAAAUAAAUGGAUAAAAACAUAAUUGGUCCUGCCCUUCCCCCUGGUUUCAAACGAGCCACCAGUGAAGAGCUAUCCUCAAUCUCAGAAAGUACAAACGAUUCUCAGUCUGAACAAGAGCCAACUUCCGAAUAUUACGGCCCACAACUGCCACCCCAUUUAAAGCAACAAGACAAUUCGAAAUCUACACGUGAAAAUGAAGAGGAGAAUGAGGAUUCAUCUGACGGUGUUUUUGGACCAAUGCCUGUUGAUCACAAAAAUUCUUCAGAAGUUCAAAAUGCCUUGGAAAAAAGGGCUUUAGAAAUAAAAUUAGGAUACGCACAAACUGAUAAUAGUAGCAUUACAGAGCGAGAAGAGUGGAUGACACAACUUCCAGAAAUAGGGAAAAAUUUAGGAUUAGGUGCCAGGCAAUUUCGUAAAAAUCCUACCGCUGACUUUUCUGAUAGAUCCUCCUGGACAGACACUCCUAAAAGUAAAGAAAAGAAAAAGGCAAAAGUUGAUCCUUUUAAGGAAGUUGAAAUACAAGAACGAGAUAAAGAGCAGGGAAAAAUUGCAGAAAAAUUUAAUAAGAAAAGAAAAAAGGACAAAAGUCUUUAUGAAAUGCAUCAAGAUGAAUUAAAGAAAAAGGCACAUGAUUAA